UAUAGGCCUACAUAAUAUGAUUUGCUUGAUUUCUGUUUUGAAUGUCCAAGUCCCAACGACGAGACUGCUGUCAUUGAAUUAUGGACAGCAGCACGGCAUUUAAAGUGCAAUAGAUGUGGCGUAACACGUCACAACUCAAUCUCUUACUGCACUUGUUACUGAUUUACGUCUUCAGCAGAACACCUGCGAUAAAUGUGUGUUUGAAAGCCUGGUAUGUGGAGAAGAGCGGCGGUAAGGGGAGCUUCAGUUUCAAUCAGAUUAGUAAACUCAUCAUUUCCUGAUAAGGACAUAAUGUCUCGCAAGCUGCACGCGAGAAGGAUUGAAGGAAUUGACAAAAAUAUAUGGGUGGAAUUCACUCAGCUGGCUGCUGACUACAAGGCUGUGAACUUGGGUCAGGGAUUCCCUGAUUUCUCCCCACCAAGUUUCAUUAAGGAGGCCUUCUGCAAGGCAGUGAAUGGAGGGGCCCCUAUGCACCAGUACACUCGUGCUUUUGGCCACCCACCUCUUGUGAAGAUCCUGGCCAAGUUCUUCAGUAGGAUUUUUGGCGUAGAAAUAAAUCCACUAGAGGAUAUCCUGGUGACAGUUGGAGCAUAUCAAGCUCUUUUCUGCACCUUCCAAGCUCUUGUUGAUGAGGGCGAUGAGGUGAUUAUUGUGGAGCCUUUCUUUGACUGUUAUCAGCCAAUGGUAAAGAUGGCAGGAGGAACAGCUAUCUAUGUGCCUCUCAAACCUAGAGAAGGCAGUGGUCCAACUUUAUCUAGUGCUGAAUGGGUAUUGUCUCCAGAAGAGUUAGCGAGUAAAUUUAGUCCUCGUACCAAAGCCAUUGUCAUUAACACUCCUAAUAACCCUCUUGGUAAGGUCUAUCAGAGGGAGGAACUUCAGGUGAUCGCUGACUUGUGCAUUAAGCAUGAUGUCAUCUGCAUCAGCGAUGAGGUUUACGAGUGGCUCACAUAUGAUGGAACAAAACAUGUGAAGAUCGCCAGCCUUCCAGGUAUGUGGGAACGCACUGUCACCAUUGGUAGUGCUGGUAAGACUUUCAGUGCCACAGGAUGGAAGGUGGGUUGGGCGAUGGGAUCGGGGCAUAUCCUGAAACACCUAAAAACAGUUCAUCAGAACUCUGUGUAUCACUGUGCCACGGCUGCCCAGGAGGCUGUAGCUGCAGGUUUUCAGUGGGAAUAUGAUUUAUUUGGAACAGAGGACAGCUAUUUCCACCAGUUACCCGCCCAUCUUCAUGACAAGCGGCACAGGCUGGCAGAAUGUCUGAAGAGUGUUGGCCUGAAACCUAUAAUGCCCCAGGGAGGAUACUUUAUGAUUGCAGAUAUCUCAGAUCUUAAGGUUGACCUUACUGACCCUAGCACUAAAGAUGAGCCCUAUGACUACAGAUUUGUUAAAUGGCUCAUAAAAGAGAAGGGACUGGCCACUAUUCCGGUGUCUGCAUUCUACAGCCCAGAACACAGUGCAGACUUCCAGAAAUACAUCAGAUUCUGCUUUGUCAAGGAGGACUCAACCCUGAAAGCAGCCGAGGAAAUCCUGAGACAAUGGAGUGACAAAAAAUAAAAAAUUCUAAAUCUUAACAGUAUAGGCCUUGCACAGACAAUCAGAAUGUAAUGAAUGUAACCUUUGCUUUUAGAAUUAGCAAAUCAGAAAUGAGUCAUGUUUUCAAGCAGUUCAGGACACAAGAUGAGUUUUAAGAGAAAAAGUGUUCAAGUUAAAGGUGAAGUUGCUAACUUCAGAGGAAACAGAAUGUAGUAAAGGGGGCAGGGCUCAGAGGAAAACUGACACAAAAGUUACAAAUAAAUUAAUAAUGAUAUCAUCA